UCUCUGGUGCUUUUUAUUUGAUCUGGAUUCUCCGGAGAGGUAGCACAUAAAUCUAAAGGCAGGAGAAGAGGAUUUGACUAAACGGGAUAUCAGCAGACUUGUGGCGAUAUAGAUUCCUUUUGUAUCGUGUGAGAAAAGUAAAUAUGUCAAGCACUGCAUCAGCCAUGAAGUAUUGGACAGCGAGUGCUUGAAAGAAAUUCUUGAAUGUUGUUACUGAUUUCCCCCUCUUUUUCUCAUAGGAGAAGCGUGUUGGUGAUACUCAACAUCUGUUGUUAACCUUCCAGAAAACUUGCUAUAAAACGAUAAAUAAAUCCACGGAUUCUGGGACCAAUCUUGAUUUGUCUGUCUUCUAAUUAAUGAUAGAUAGGCUUGUUGUCUAAGACUCAAUCACUCACUACGCUGAUCGACUCCACACCGACACCGAGUGUUCUGUGCUGAUUCAGUACUCCGGGGAGAGUUAUCCCGUCACCAAUUGAUGUUCGGUAUCACGAGUUGUUUUCACCAUUUCGAGAUUAUUUCCGCAAAAGAGAGCUUUUCUCGGAAAUUUCCUCGGAGAACUGUCACUCAGGAUUGUCACCGCACACGACAUGGACGGAGCGGCAGUACGGCCGGUGUAAUUGGCCCUCUUCCGGUACCUCUGGAGACCGAUCCAUAGAGACCCAUUAACGGUCAUGCAAAUAAGGAAGAUGAAAUUUCCGGAUUACAUUUAUCUCGUCACGUGACCAAACAUUGGUGUCCAAGAUAUGACUGCAUGGUGUUUUGGAUCUGCUCUGUUCCUGGUUCUAUUUUUAGCUGGAGCUCACGGGAAUAUUGUACUGGUGUCAUUAGAGGAACAAACGAAAUUGUUGAAUGAAGCGCUAUACAAAUGUGUCCAUUACAUCAUCGAUUCCAAAACCAAUUCCAGCUUUCAAAAUUUCUCCGACAGUGCGUAUUGUCCACCGACAUGGGAUUCCUUGGCAUGCUGGCCGGAAACGAAGGCUGGCGAAACAGCUGUCAUAUCUUGUCCUAAUUAUCUCAACCAGUUCGAUUCCUCAGCCCUAGCUUAUAGAAAUUGUACAGAGAAUGGGACAUGGUUAUUCAUACCUGAGUUGAAUUCAACAUGGGCGGACUACAGGGCGUGUAUUGUUGCAAAUCCUGGAGUGACAGUCGUUCCCAAACUCAUUCAGGACCACAUGCCGUCCAUCACUCUUAUGUACAACAUUGGUUAUGGGGUCUCUCUGGUUUCAUUGCUUCUGGCGACAGUCAUCAUGCUUCUGUUUAGGAAACUUCGUUGCCCACGGACUUCAAUCCACGUCAAUUUAUUUGCAUCAUUUAUGAUCCGAGCCUCAUUUUCAUUUCUGAAGGAAAAUUUAUUAGUCAGUGGUGUUGGAUUCCAUAAUGACGUCAUACAAUCAUCCAAUGGACUUGUGGAAUUCAAAAGCGAGGGAUCUCACUGGGAGUGUAAAUUUUUCUUCACGAUGUUUUAUUACUUCUUGGGGGCCAAUUACAUGUGGAUCUUGGUGGAAGGACUGUAUCUUCAUAUGCUCGUCUCGGUGGCUGUUUUCUCGGAAAAUAGCGGAGUCAAAUGGCUCGUUCUGUUUGGAUGGGCCUCACAGUUGUUGUGUGUGAUACCAUGGGUGAUAGUGAGGGCGACAUCAGAAGACGUUUUGUGCUGGAAUACUCAUCCAACCCCAGGCUAUUUUUGGAUUUUAAGAGCCCCCAUAGUGGCAUCCGUUGUGGUCAACUUUGUGAUUUUCAUCAACAUUAUAAGAAUACUCUUCACAAAACUAAACGCAUUCAAUGCAAAUGAAACUAAGAAGUUUAGGUACAAAAAACUAGCCAAGUCGACCUUAGUCCUGAUCCCCCUGUUUGGCGUCCAUUACGUGGUAUUUAUCGGCCUCCCGGACAACGUCAGUGACGAGGCAGAACUGGUCAGGUUGUACUUCGAAAUGUUCUUCAAUUCGUUUCAGGGCUUCAUCGUAGCUUUAAUUUUCUGUUUCUUCAACGGAGAGGUACAAGCAGAAAUAAAGAAAAAAUGGCGAAGGUUUAUGAUAUCACGUGGUCGAGGAAUCAGUCGAAAAAGCACGAGAGACACCAUGACGUCAUUCAUAUCGCGCACGCGUGGAGGUUCACUUGGUUCAACGACAAAUUCCCAAGAUUCCAAAGACCAUGCAAACGGAAAUUGUACCCGUGAAACAUCGCUAAUGGGACUUAAUGAGGAGCUACAUCCAUUACAGAGGAACAAAGUGUAUGUGAAGGAAAAUGGAAUUUCCCAGCACCAAAAUGGAAAAGUUGAGGAAACCAUUUAACACUGAAUAACACGAUUCUGUUUGUUGAAUUAAGUAUUGUUCACCCCAGUUUAGGAUAAAAGAAAUCUGUGAUACCUAACAGAUAGGAAUUUACUUGUUUAAGAGUCGGUGGUGUUCGUUUGCGGUCGGAACUUGUGAACCCAACACUGACAAAUACUAAGAAUGUCUUGAUGUUAUCGCCCCGACUUUUACCGUUUUAUUGCAUAGUACCUUGUUUAGUACUAUUUGUGAAGGCAGCAAAUUUCUUCGAGUGAAGAGCAAUGAACUGUCGUGCUUUAUUUAUUCGGUUCCUUAUAUUUAUUUGUAGAACUGUCUCAAUAUUGUGUUUAAAUGUCUGUUUGAUGAAUCUCACGGGAGUAAAUAAUGAAUGUCUGACAUAAGAUAAGGUGAGUAGCAAAGAACGAGGAAGUGCUAGCCGAGUUUUCCGGAAUUUUGUCUCGUCACAUGAUCUAAAUCAUUAAUAUUAUUUCUAUAGCAUUAAUUGGCACGAGAAUAUUUUCAAUUCCAGGGCCAUAUUUAAAGCUGUAUUAAAUUAGGAGCUCUGUUAAAGCAAUGUGACUUUUAAGUGUGCACUAACAUUAAAACACUACAAUUUAGAAUCACUACUACAUGUAUACAUGUAGUUGAUUAAUUGUAAAUAAAGUGAAUAUGUUUUGCCAUCGUUAUAUUGCAUUGUGUGAAGAAGAAAUUAAAGCGGAGUAGAUUUUUCCAUAGUCAACGACAGUCCCUCGAGAGAUAAUGUAAACCAACUUUUAUUUGCGUGUGAGAAAAUUUGUCGCAAAUACUUCUUGUCGUAAACCAGUCCUUGAAUGUCUGUCAGGCUCGAAAAAGGCUCGAUCGCGAAAAUUACUAGCUGCGAACCAGUUUACCACAGGUGAAUCGCGAAAUUAAGUAGCCGCGAAUAAAAAUUGGCUUACAGUAAUAGAUAUGUAUCUAUAAAUUGGAAAGUCAUUUAUUUAUUUCAUAUUAUUAUUACAUCAUAUACGUAUUGUUGGUCUUUCCUGUACAUCAUUGAUAUUUGAAGUGAGUUAUUGCAUACCAAAGAUUUUACACGUGUCCAUUUUACAUUAAACAUAAGCUGUGAUUUUUAUUGCAUUAGACAUAUUUUUCAAAUACGUGUAGUUGUUAAUUUGUAAUAUGAUUCUUUCAUUAUGUGAAUUAAAAUAUUAUAUACUU